CUCCGCCCGCCGCAAACAUGGCGGCGGCGGCUGCGGCGGCGGGGAGCGGCCGCAGGUGAGGAGGGACAGCGGGGGGGCGGCGGCGCCGCCCGCCGCCCGCCCCCCGGGCCGCCUUGCCGCAGUCGCCGGCCGCGGGCGGGACCCUCCUCGCCCAGCCGCUCUCAGCCGCGGCGCGGGGGGUGGGCGGGCUGCGCUCCUCCCCGCCUGCCGCCGCGGCAGCCCGGCGGGUUGACAGCCGCGCCGCGCCGCCCGGCCGGGGGCCGCGGAGGCAGCGCCCGCUCCCGCCUCGCCCCUCCGGCCGCCAGGAAGAAGCGAGGCGAGGCCGCCGCCCCCGCGCCCGCCAUGUGGAAGCUCAACAAGAGCAGCAAAGUUCUGCUGGACGACUCCCCCGAGGAGGAGGAGAGUCGGCCCCACGGCCCGCCGCCGCCCGCCGCCGCCGCCUUCUCGGCCCCCCAGAAUAAAGACCAGUUUCUUCAUGAUGAAGUUUCAUCUUCAGUGUCACAACUUGCAACAAAGGUUCAAGGUGCAAGUUUCCGGGGUUGGAAGGAAGUGACAUCUAUGUUCAAUAAAGAUGAUGAACAGCAAUUGUUAGCAGGAUGCAAGUCCCCAAAAUCCAAAGGAACAAACCUAAAAUUAAAGGACGAGAUGAAGUCAGAAAAGAAGCCAGGUUUUUGGGACAGUUUGGUGAUAAAACAGAAUGUCCAAUCUAGGAAACCAGAUGAGAUUGAGGGAUGGGAACCACCACAGAUUACUGCUGCUGACUCUACCAGUGAUGCAGCAAAUACUUUAAGUGACUAUACAGCCUGGUCAGGCUGGGAAGAUGAAACCAAAGGCUCCACAAAAUAUACAAACCUGGCCAGCUCAGGAAACAGUUCCAGGUGGAGUAUCAAAUCAGCUGGAAAGCUGGUUAGUAUUAGACGGCAGAGCAAAGGUAACCUUACUGACAACUGGGAAGAACUAGAAUGAUAUUGGUAAUGUGAAAUACUUUAUAAAUAAGAGAAAGAUUCCAUGAUUUACUUGUAUGUUUAAACCAAAAUCAAAUCUGCUCAAUAUUGCACCUUUAUACAGUACUUCGUUUUAUUCAGAUUAUUACAAAUUUUUGCUCACCUGAUAGUGAAUUUUCUUAUUACAUUGUUAACUAUCUGUUUUCCACACUGAAAAAAGUAGAGAAUCUAUUUUGUGCCUAUAUUUCACAUUCAGACUCUGCAGUAUGUUGGAUUGUUGGUUUUACCAAAAAAAAAUGUAAUUCCUUAGUGAAUGUAUGCACUGGUUGUAAAUUUGACUGCCUUAUGUAGGAACUUCCACUAGCUUGAGGUCCUGGGUUUUUUUCUGGUAUUUGAGGGUCACUCAAAAUUUUAGUUUUGAUGCUGUCCCUUUUUUAAUAAGAGUACUGACCUGUAGCUUGCAGGAAGAAUGAUUAUACACAGUACACUGUUUUCCAAAUCUUCAGCCUCAGCAUAUGCUUAAGCUUGUGCACACAAGAUGCUCAACUGUCACAAUUUGCUGUACUGUGUACGAAACGGGAAAAUACUGCUCUAAUGUAAUUCUUUCCAUCACAGGAACUUCUCUAAGAGUCAGGUCAAACGGGUCUUCCAAAGUUUUUUAUACUGAAUGUUGUUUGACAUAGCUACAAUUUUCAGUUUUUAAGAGACAUGUCAUGCCAAAAAUUAAAAUGUAAAUAAUUAUUGAAAAUCUGGAAAGCAUCAGCGAGUAGAGAGCAUAAAACGCCUCUGUAUUCAAAAUCUGUAGUCGUGAAUCUAGGGGUAUGUUACUUCUUAUGGAAGGGUGUAUGUUCUCAUUUUUACAAAAGCUGAUCCUUGUUCUACAAAUGUUUGGCUUUUCUUCUCCAUCAGCAGUGAUUGAAUUACACUCUGGCAUUUUCAGGAUAACUGAGCCAUUGCAAGUAUGUGCAUGCACAUGACUUCUGAAGCGUUUUUAUUAUAAAGCUCUGUCUUAUUAGCUACUGAUACUUUCAUUUUUGGUAAAAGGGGGCAAAGUGUUGAACUUGAGAUUUGAAAUGUAUAUGGAAUACUAAAAGUGCCUCUUUCUAGCAUAUUGUCUCUCAUUAGCAGGGUGACCAAUGUCAGAUCUAAAACUAGUUUCCAUUUUGUUUGUAUGACCUAUAUAAGUACUACUUUAACGCUCAUGGGAAAGAUAAAUCAUUAAAAAAUGACUUUUCUCUCCUGAUUGUUAAACUGGUAUAAUGGAACUGAAACUUGUUGACUGCUUAGCAGUAUGGCUGGUACAAUAGGAAGAUCAAAUCAGCAUUUCAGACAAAAUCAACAUUUUUACAAGAACUUAUUUUUACAAGAUUAUGCUAAUGAAAAGGGAUGCAUGCAAUUUUCUUCUAAGCCCUAUAGCUUGUUUCUGUUAGUGCCACAUUAUUCCUUUCUUAGUUUUCUCUUUCUCCUCUCUCUUCAGAUUCAUGUAUGCUUUUUGGCUUACAGUUUCUACAUAGCUGUUCUUUGGCGUUUCCUUUCUAGGUGUGCCUGGAGGGAAACUGUAGCAAAGUGUUGUUUUUUUUUUCUUCUGUUACUGCCACAUUACUCCUUUCUUAGUUCUUUCUCCUCUCUCUUCAGAUUCAUGUAUGCUUUUUGGCUUAUAUUUUCUACAUAGCUAUUCUUCAGAGUUUCUAGAUGUGCCUGGAGGGAAACUGUAGCAAAGUGGGUUUUGUUUUUUUUUUUUCCUGUUUUGGUAGGAUGUUAGAGACAUUGUUUUUAAGUUAUAUAAAAGAUCAUCAGUGUUUUGUGCGAGAAAACAGGAUCUUGAAGCUCACAAAGCUUUUAUAAAAUUGGCAUUACAUACUGAAAAAAGAGGAGAAAGGGUUAGCAUUUAUAUUGCAUCAUUUAGUCUGGUAGUAAAACUCCAUGUUCGCCUUUGGCAAGUAUGUAUGCUGAGGCUAAUUAUAGAAAAGAAUUAGUAUUCUUGGGUGAGGUAUGCUGCAUUUUAUAGCUUAUGGAAUACCCUCUAAGGCAUGAGCAGGUGUAUAGUUUGGUUGAUGGAAAAAGAUCUACUAGCAACCCUCAAUAUUUUACUCUCAAAAAUGGGCUGAGAACUUUUAAUUUUCCUCCUGAAGUAACUAUUUAUACUGUGACCAGUAAAGGUUUUGCCUUGCACAUUAUACUGUCAAGUGCCUGUUUCUCACCUUGAUGAUGUGUUUGAUGCACAGCUUAACUGCAAAAUUUUCAAUUUGUUUUUAAAUUUAUGAUAAAGAAUAUGCUUACAAAGCUGAAGCCUGUUAUAAAACAAAAUGGCAUCCAAGUGGGAAAUUGGGAUAUGUAUACUUAAAGUCUGACUCUUAGCGAUGUAAGUUUUGGUGUGCUUUUUAAGUGAUUUUUUUUUCCUCAGAAAUAACUGUUUUAAGGAUGAACAUUAUUAAAUUUAAUAUAAUUUAUUGUUAUGCUUUGGUAAUGUAUUUGUCUUUUGAGAACUCACUGGUGUGAGCCUUCUCUUAUGUUCAUAAACCUGCUUGUCUGAAUUUUCAGAAUGGGGUCCUCUUUUCUUUUACCUUCUUUAAAUGCUUAAUUACAUUAUACAUUUAUGGGCUUAAGCUAUAUACAACUCCAUAUGUGGAAUAAGUGUAAAAUAUGUCCCUUAAUAUUUGUUUUGAAAUUGCAUUUCAAUCUUUGUGAAAUGGUUUAGAAGAAGAUAGCAUUAAGAUUGUAUAAUAAGAUGGCACAAAAUAAAAUACAGUUUAUAUUGCUUUCUCGUAGCCAAUCUGCAUGACUGUUGGCAUGGUUUUAACGGGAAUUAAAAGCUUCAUGUGGCUGUAACUAGUCACUUAACUCUAAGCAAAGUUCUCUCUGGGUAUUUUUAUUUAUUAGCAUCAUUUGCAAAAAAAAAAGUAUUUUCCAUAUGAAUAAAGAUUUAGUUUGAACUGAAA